AUGGCACCCACUAUCCAAGUGCCAGUGGAGCACACCUUCAACAUCCUCGAAAAUGUUCUCAAAAAACGCACCCAUAUCACACAAGUAUUGAAGGAGAGAGAGGAGCAGAUGCCCAGCGGGGAAGAUUAUGAUCAGAUGGAGGCCAAUUUGGAUAACGAACCGUUCCUACAGCCGUUGGACGCCGACGAUACCAAGGCUAGUAUCUACUACGCCAGACUGAAAUGGAUGAAGUACUGCGAACAUCGUCAUUUGGGGUAUUGGCGUACCGCCAUUCGCAAGAAGAAUUGCGGCAAAGGGAAGAUGAUGUUGUUCCUUCACUGGAUCUGUAAGACCUCCUUGGCGAGGAGGCGGACGCCGGGGAGUAAAAGGUCACUCCAUACUUACUGGCGGGAUUUCAAGAUGCUCUACCGCCGAGUGAAUGGUGAAUACGUGGAUGCGAACGAUAGACACGAGGUCGUCAAGUUAAAGCAAGCAACCUCUCACGCCGUGCUUAUGUGUGAUGCUAAUCCAUGA